GGUGCGCCCAAACGACCGGCGACGACAUUGUCGGUGUAUAUGGAGGUAUAUUCGUAUAUUAUACUGCUUACGAUUAUAUAUGUCGCCGGUUAUUAUUUAGUUUAAACCCGCGCCGCCGCAACCGGAGCGAGAGACUACAUCGCACAGAUCCAACAAUAUAAUAUCAUAAUAUUUAUAAUAUUCGCGCAUUACCGUUAUAGACAUCGAAUAUUCACCGCGACUAAGACUACGACGACGACAUGGGAGUUUUUAGUUUUGUGUCACUAGCAUUAUUUGCAAUUGGAUCAGCUGCUAUACAGGUGCCAUACAGUUACAGGAAACCGAGUAUUGAUUCGGAAAGUGCAAAUAAUUUUUUCGGUGGGAAAAAAUGGGUGGUUUUGGUAGCCGGUUCGGACGGAUGGAACAAUUACAGACAUCAGGCGGACAUAUGUCAUGCAUACCAAAUAGUUCGAGAAAACGGAAUACCGAAAGAAAAUAUUAUUACGAUGAUGGUCGAUGACAUUGCGAACAAUCCGAGAAAUCCAGUGCCUGGAACGAUAAUUAAUCAACCCAACGGAACGGACGUGUACAAAGGAGUUGUUAUCGACUACAAGGGGACGGAUGUAAACAGCACAAAUUUCUUGAAGAUAAUCACUGGUGACAAAAAAGCCAUGCAGUUCAUUGGAACUGGAAAAGUGAUUGAAGGAGGACCGCGAGACAGAAUAUUCAUUAAUUUUGUCGAUCACGGUACCACGGGAAUAUUAGGUUUCCCAGACGAUUUAUUAUACGCUGAUGAACUGAACGACGCUCUCAAAACUAUGUACGCAUCUGCAAGUUAUAGAAUGGUGUUGAUGUACAUUGAAGCAUGCAAGGCAGGUUCUAUGUUUGAUGGGAUACUCCGCGACAACACAGAUGUUUUGGCCGUAACUGCAUCAGGACCCAGGGAAAAUUCGUAUGGAUGCUACUGUCGAUCUCAAUCUGGGCCAUACAAAACGUGUCUUGGAGAUUUGUUCAGCGUCACAUGGAUGGAAAACUGGGACGCAACGGUAUCUCAACCUUCGACAAGAAAGAGAACCGUUUUUCAUGACUUCAAGGAGUGCAGAACCAACGUCACCGAAAGCAACGUCAUGGUGUACGGUGAUUUCAAAACGGGCCAUGAACCGCUGUCCGCGUUCAUUGGUUACAAGACACACAGCAAAACACAUCUUUCGGCCGAGCCAAUAAUGGACAUAACGAAUGAGCCAAAGAACACGGUGUCCAGUAGAAACGUGAGAGAAAAUACAGUACAACAACAAUUGGCGAGCCACGAGUUGUCAUUCUCGGAGAGACGUCGUUUGUCAACAGAAUCACGUUUGAACAACGAAAUGAGGUUGAUCAUCGACACAGCACUCAGGACAAUUUAUUCGAAGGUAGUGAAGGCCAGACCGGAAAUCAAGAGUAAAGUCGGCGAUUUCUACGAACCCAAUCAUCUAGACCUCUCGCUAGACGUAUUCCCGUGUUACAGAAGUAUUCUAAAUAAAAUUACGGAGAGCUGCUUUUCUUUGCCACGGAAUCCCUACGCUUUGGAUCGGUUGACAAUUUUCGCAAACUUUUGUAUCGUCGAUAAACACAUACACCAGAUGGUCGAAAAAUUGGUCAGUGCAUCGUGUUCGAAAGUUCAAAAGUUGAAUUUAAGAAAUGUAUAUUAGAAUCACGGAGUAUACGUAUGGUACACUCCUGUAUACAUACCUGCGUGGCAAUAAGGUGUACCUAUAAUAUACUAAUUUGUAUUUAUAUUAUAUAUAAUUAUAAAAUACAA